UUUGAAAGAGGGAAAUUUAAAAGUAGACCCCAUUAAAAGUAAACAGAGGAGGAAGAGGAAGGAAUUUACAAACGAAGAGUGAAAUGUGAAUGAAGACUUUUUAAUGUGUUCAUCUGAAUGUCUGAUACCAUCAUGAAGAAGAAGUCAAGAAGGUAUAGGGAUGAUGCUUCCAGCAUCCAGGAGGACUGCUGUGCUCUGUGCAGGUGCAGUGAUGAUGACCCGGUUACGUUUGGGGAAAAGGUCAAACUCAAAGAGCAUAAAUUCUCAGUCCAUUACUUCUGUUUGCUUACAUCUAGUGGAGUUUACCAGCGGGGAGAGGAGAACGAGGGUGUCUUUGGUUUCCUGGUGGAUGACAUCAAACAAGAGAUCCGAAGGGCGGCUCGAUUGACGUGUUUUUGUUGCAAGAAGAAGGGAGCAUGUGUUGGGUGCAACGUGAGGAGCUGCAGGAGGAUGGUCCACUUCCCCUGUGGGAGGAAACAGAUGUUCAUCACCCAGUUCACCGACAUAUUCCCGUCUUACUGUCAGGAUCACAGUCCUACUCAGACUCUCAGCAUUGACUCAGACUUCAGUCUGCCUCAGUCCUGCUCCAUCUGUCUAGACUCCAUUGAUCCUGUCUUGUCCUACUCUGUCCUCAAGUGUCCGUCCUGCCACGGCAGCUGGUUCCACAGAGACUGUGUGCAGCAUCAGGCCCACAGUGCAGGACUCUUCUUCUUCAGGUGUACUCUCUGCAACAACAAGGAAAACUUCCAGGAGGAGAUGGUCAGAAUGGGAAUAUACAUCCCGGAAAGAGAUGCAUCUUGGGAAUUGGAGGCAAAUGCCUAUUCAGAGCUCCUGGAGGUCCAUAAUCGCUGCGACGCCGUCACCUGCCUCUGCGACGAUGGACGCACAUACUCUGCUAAGAAAGGGUGGUUUGAGGUGAUCCGGUGCUGCCUGUGUGGAUCCACAGGAACUCACAGGAAAUGUUCGGGCCUAAAGUUGGACACCCGGGACUGGGCCUGCACUGACUGCAUAAAUGCAACGGAUGGCAAAGCAUCUCUGGUUGCAUCGCCUCAGGGAGGCCAGAGGAGAAGUUUGCUGUCCAAACGCCAUCUGUCCCCCAUGCCCUCUCCCCUCAGCUUUAAAAGAAUGUGUACACCUGUAAGAUCUGAGUCACCUGCGGAGAUCCUGCAGUCUUUACUUCCUUGCCGUUAUCCUGUCAGCGCCCAGGUGGAAAUGCACGGAGACCAGGCUCUGUUAGCCGGUCUAGACCUGGUCAGAAGGGCCGACUUUGACCCCAAGCGUUCACUUUCUGUCAGGAUCAUAGAUGAGCAGCACACUGCCCUUCUCAGAACUCUCUGCGAUGCAGACACGGCCAGAAAGUACUUCCUGAAGCGGCUGAUGCAGCAGAUCCAGAACUCUGUGGUGUUUGAGGGUCCAAGUGAAUCCAAAAAUCUAGCACUUAACUCCCAGGCUCUGCGGGAGGAUCUGUACUUUGACAUCGGCUCCCUGCUGGCACUCUGUUUGGUCCACGGUGGCCCACCUAUUGGCUUUUUCUCCCGUGCUCUCUAUCAAUGCCUGUUUAACUACCCCGCCAACUGCCCCCUCACACUGAGCCACAUGACCCCUGAAACGCACCUCACCGGGCAAGUCAGUCGGAUUGCAGCAGCAGAGUCUUUAAAUGAGCUGAAAAAGGUCAUGAAAGCGAGCUGGGAGUACCUGGAGAUGGCUGGCUGUAACAGACAGGUCACCAGCCUGAAAGAGAGAGAGGCUCUGGUGGAAGAUCUGGUCAGCUUCACCAUGAUCACUCGGAUGCAGCUGCCUUUGCAGAGGUUACGGGAAGGUCUGCGCACAUUGGGCGUAUUUGAACAGGUUCAGCUUUUCCCGUCUGUCUUCUGUGGCGUUUUCUGUGAGGCCACAGAGCCACUUACAGCUGAAACCCUCGGCCGGCUCUUCACCAUCAACUUCUCCGAGCAGGAGGAGAAACUGAACAAAGAAACGCCUGUUGUCACCUUCUGGAGACACCUCCUGCUGGAGUGCGAGGUUGGAAAGAGCUCCAUCUCUCUUCAGGACAUCCUUCGCUUUGCUGCCGGAGUGGACGAGCUUCCAGCAGCUGGCCUCUUCCCGCCUCCCUCCAUUUCCUUCCUCCACUAUCCCACCUCUGCCCACCUCAGGCUGGAAGAGCAGAAGAAGGAAAACGUGGAGUGGCUGGACGAAGGGCUUUUCCCUCAGAGCAAAGCAGUGUCACACAACCUCCUCCUCCCUGUUACGUCCACCUAUAAGGCCUUUAAAAGCUCCAUGGAGCACGCCAUCAGCCAUCGCGUGCACCUGUUCCCAUUAAACACAUAGAUAUGGGGGG